UGCAGUGGAAGUCUCAUGUAUGUCCAUUGUAUCAGAUCAUGGCGAUUGCCCGCUCAUAGAAGACGCUCUCCAUGUCCUUUAUCCUCAUUGAAUGGAUUUAAUCUUGAGCUCCUGGAAGUGUCGCACGUAUGCCUGCGUGCUACGGCGGUCCGUUCGGCUUCGGCAGGGAGUAGUUUGUUCACUGGCCAAAGCUGCAGUGGAAGCGCUAGCACAGUGGGGUGGCUGUGGAGGUCGUUGGUUGUAACGUGCCUGGUUGUCCCCAGGAGGUACAGGAGGAUCUACUGGGGCUCUUCUCCAAGUGCACCACUGAUCAACAUGCCUCAUCCAAAGACAUUAGACAUGGGCUCUGCCUUCAUCCAGACACAGCAGCUCAACGCCGCCAUGGCUGACACUUUCCUGGAACACAUGUGCCUGCUGGACAUUGACUCCGAGCCCACUACUGCACGCAACACUGGCAUCAUCUGCACCAUUGGGCCAGCCUCUCGUUCUGUGGAUAUGCUGAAGGAGAUGAUCAAGUCUGGAAUGAACAUCGCUCGCUUGAACUUCUCCCAUGGCUCACACGAGUACCACCGAGAGACCAUCAAGAACAUCCGUGAGGCAUGUGAGAGCUUCGAGCCUGGCAGCAUCCAGUACAGGCCCAUUGGCAUUGCCUUGGACACCAAGGGCCCAGAAAUCAGGACUGGUCUCAUCAAGGGAAGUGGCACAGCUGAGGUGGAGCUGGUGAAGGGAAAGUUGAUCAAGCUUACUUUGGACGACUCUUAUCAAGAAAACUGCAGCGAUGAUGUCCUCUGGCUUGACUACAAGAACAUUACCAAGGUGGUGGAAAUUGGCAGCAAGAUCUACAUUGACGAUGGACUCAUAUCCCUUCAGGUCAAGGAGAUUGGCUCUGAUUUCCUCAUGUGUGAGAUUGAGAAUGGCGGCACCCUGGGCAGUAAGAAGGGAGUGAACCUGCCUGGUGCUGCUGUGGACCUGCCUGCUGUGUCAGAUAAAGACAUCCAGGACCUGCAGUUUGGUGUGGAACAGGGAGUUGACAUGGUCUUUGCCUCCUUCAUUCGCAAAGCGGCAGAUGUGCACGCUGUCAGAGAAGUGCUCGGAGAGAAAGGCAAAAAUAUCAAGAUCAUCAGCAAGCUCGAGAACCACGAGGGUGUACGCAGAUUUGAUGAGAUCAUGGAGGCUAGCGAUGGCAUCAUGGUUGCUCGUGGUGACUUGGGUAUCGAGAUCCCCACAGAAAAGGUCUUCCUAGCCCAGAAGAUGAUGAUUGGUCGCUGCAACAGAGCUGGCAAGCCCAUCACAUGUGCCACUCAGAUGUUGGAGAGCAUGAUCAAGAAGCCUAGACCCACUCGUGCUGAGGGCAGCGACGUCGCCAACGCCGUCCUGGAUGGAGCUGACUGCAUCAUGCUGAGUGGAGAGACUGCCAAGGGAGACUACCCUCUGGAGGCAGUGCGCACACAGCACAUGAUAGCACGAGAGGCCGAGGCAGCCAUCUUCCACAGACAGCUGUUCGAGGAGCUGAGGAGACACUCUCAGCUGACCAGAGACCCUUCCGAGGCUGUAGCUGUCGGAGCUGUUGAGUCGUCCCUCAAAUGCUGUGCUAGUGCCAUCAUUAUUCUCACUAAGACUGGGAGGUCCGCCCACCUGAUCUCCAGGUACAGGCCCCGUGCCCCCAUCCUCGCUGUGACCCGUAACGCCCAGACAGCUCGCCAGGCUCACCUGUACCGCGGCAUCUUCCCCGUCCUCUACACCAAGCCUGCUAACGAUGUGUGGGCAGAGGAUGUCGACAUGCGCGUGAACUUUGCCAUGGAUAUGGGCAAGGCCCGAGGCUUCUUCAAAGAGGGUGAUGUUGUCAUCGUCUUGACCGGCUGGCGUCCAGGCUCUGGUUACACCAACACCAUGCGUGUGGUUCUGGUGGCUUGAACAGCAAACAGAGCUGUUCUGCUUUCUCCCUCCACUUUCAUCUAUCUUUCAUAGUUCUCCACUUCACUCCUGCUCACAGCCCUUCUAAUCCAGUUUCCAAGCUCACAGACUCAACUGUCAACAAAUUUAGCAUGUAGGCAACGAUGCAAGAAGGUAUUAAAGAAAUAACAUAGUCUUCACGGUCUGAAUGAGCUGCUUUGGGCGGGGGUGGAGUCUUAUUCCGUACUAUUCCACUUAAUGUUUCCAUUCCUUUCACACCGAUUCUCUCAGUCGAACCAGUCUUCAGGGCCUCAGAUUAAUACACCCUGACCAGAAACUGCUGUAUUUAUUCUCUCAAACAGUUGUAAUAUUAAAAGUCUAUGAGUGAGUGCGUCCCUGCGUGUAUGAGUGUGCGCUCGCCCGUACUGGCUCUUGUUUAGGUGGGGUUUCUGGUGGAGCUGGUUGACCUCAACCGAGUACUGCACCAGUUCACUCGUCACACUCCUCUGCAGAUUUAACGAACAAAUUGGCGGCAUCUGAUAUCAAAGGGCUCCUCCCACAGCCCGGCCUCGGCUCCACCUCCUCAUCCAAACAGGCCCCUCUGUAGUGCUGUCUGUAUGAAGUGUCCUCUCUCAUAUGCCAGCUUCCACUGUAUUUCAGUGUAUCUGUGUAAGUGUUGCACUCCUAAUCUACUCCAGACAAUGUUACAUUCUCUAUUAUACUUGACUUUUGUGAAUGGCAAACUUUUGUUUUGAGACAUCCAAUUCUGCCUAUAUUUUGACUGACUAUAGAAAAAGGUUAGUUUUGGAUGUCCGCUCCAGAGGUGUUUUGAGCUAGUUACUGUGUUGGUGUUGUUAGUUGUUUCAUAAAGCCUUUAAUUCUUUGCGUUUGGAUCAUAUCCGAGAUGGCACUUAUGUGGUUCAGUAAAGUUAACUGAUCUGAAUGAGCACUUUCAGGGUAUUUUUCAGGUGACUGAUGUUGAGAUGAAGCCCUGUCCCCGUCAGUCCCAGUGGGCGACGGGUGAAAAACCCCUCUGCUUGUCUUUCUAUGUUGGUGACCCACUGUAGCUGUCUCAAUGUGUCGAACUUGCUUUUGAUUGUAAUGCUAGAGUAUAAGAACUAACUAAAGGGGUAUUAUAAUGUUUAGUGGUGUACUGAGCUGUCCUACAAGACUGGAGUUCCAUCAAUAAAAGAGAUGAGCACUUACCUGAA